GAAUACAAGGAGGCCUUCGCCCUCUUCGACAAGAAAGGAACCGGUGCUGUCCCAAGAGAGACUCUGGGUGAUCUUCUCCGCGCACUGGGUCAGAACCCUACGCAGGCUGAGGUGGCGGAUAUCGUGAAUGGUGCGCCGAGAGAUGUGGAUUAUAAAACAUUCUUGACAAUCUUGAACCGACCGGAUGGGUUUAAGCCUGCGGGAACACCGGAGGAAUUUAUUCGUGGCUUCCAAGUGUUUGACAAGGAGGGCAAUGGCUUCAUCGGCGCUGGAGAGUUGCGAUACGUCCUCACACAACUGGGCGAGAAGAUGUCGGAAGAGGAAGUUGAUGAGUUGAUGAAGGGUGUGCAGAUUGGCGCCGAUGGGAACGUGAACUACGAGUCGUUUGUGCGCACGAUUCUUAGCCAGUAA